CUUCCUGCUAACUGAACAACUUCCCGGGUCAACUUGUACAUGCGAAAAGUGACAGCAGCAGCAGUCUCCACACAGCUGUUUAUAUAUCUCUUUGCGUUCACAAUUAGCUGUGGUAGCUUUCAAACUACAUACACUAAACAUUCAUAUCUUGUUAGAGAGUUUUAAUUCCUGUAAAAUGGUGUUUUACUUCACAAGUGCUGAGGUGAAUCCUCCCUACACCAUCUACAUGGGCAAAGACAAAUAUGAAAAUGAGGAUCUAAUAAAGUAUGGAUGGCCUGAAGACAUCUGGUUUCAUGUGGACAAACUGUCUUCAGCUCACGUUUAUCUGAGAUUACAUAAGGGUCAGACAAUCAGUGAUAUUCCCCCUGAGGUGCUCAUAGACUGCGCACAGCUGGUGAAAAACAACAGCAUCCAAGGCUGUAAGAUGAACAACAUCAACGUUGUCUACACGCCGUGGGCCAACCUGAAGAAAACCGGAGACAUGGACGUAGGACAGAUCGGCUUCUUUCGACAGAAAGAGGUGAAGAGCGUGUCAGUGGAGAAGAAGGUCAAUGAGAUCGUAAAUCGUCUGGAGAAAACCAAAGACGAACGCUACCCCGACUUCAUGGCAGAGAAAGAGUCGAGAGACCAAGAGGAGAGGAACGAGAAGAAAGCUCAGAUCCAGGACCAGAAAAAGAAAGAGAAGGAGGAUGUGAAGAGGAAAAAAGAGAUGGACGAACUCAAGAGCUACACUUCACUGAUGAAGAGUGAAAAUAUGAUGACUAAUGAGGAUGGUAAUGAUUCAGACGACUUCAUGUGAGAGGUGAACACCAGGCAGCAAGUGGACCGAAUCCUCCUCCACCACUCAGACCUGCUGUCAGGACGCUCUCCUGCUGCUUUUGCUUGCUGUAACUGACAUUGAAAGAAAGAAAAAAACAAAGACAAAUACCUUUUUUGCUUUUGGACGCUUUGAGCAGAAAGCGAGCCAGUGAGGGACAGCGCUGGGGUUUUAUUCCACAUGCUGAUUGGUUCAGACACCAAACCAAGCUGGCUGGCCUCUACAUCACAGGACGACACUGUAGACACAGGACAACAAAGAAGAAUGCUGAGGAUCAUUUUGGAGGAAAACACUAAAAUAGCAGAACUGUUUUCACUGAUGUCGAUGUAUGAUGAAAUUGGGUGUCCUGGUGUUUUUAUAAUCCUGCAAACUCUUCUGUUCACUUUCUUUAUGUGUUCAUUUCUCUGCAUGUCAGAUUUUAUUCAAUACAAUUCAAUGUAUUAAACUCACAGUUAUUCAUUGACAAGCCCUUAUAUUGAUUUGCAAAGCACCAUAAACCAGUUGCAGCAUCCAACUGCAGAACCAUAGUGUGUGGAGCCACUGAAGUCCUGAUGUUUUGUUUUAAUCUUGUGUGCACAAAUUCAGGGCUGCAUCUAACGAUUAUUUUUAUACAACGCCUGUCACAUUUCCUACAGUCAUAGCUGACGUCUUAGAUUGCUCAUUUUGUCCAACUACCUGUCAAAAACCUAAAUAAAUUACAGUAAGUUUACAAUGAUAAAACAAAAAAAAUGACUUUAAUGAUUAAUAGACUAUCAAAACAAACAGCGCGGACAAGAAGUAAUUUGUGUGCACAGCAUUGAAUAAAUAAUACGUUUCCAGACUUCAGGAGCUCCGUUAAUAGUGAAAGUAAAGCCUACAAGUAAAUUCAUGACCUUUGAAACUGUAGAAAACAUCUUAACUCAAGGCCUUUUUUUGACUUGCUUUGUAAACAUCUAUGUUCAGUAUGUUCUUAACUAUUGUACAUAUUGUAUUCUUUUUAUUAUUCUAGGACGCUUAACAUCUGGCAAAGGGACUGCCGAUGAAAACUAGCCUCCUGAAUAACUCGGGUACAUUCACAUUUGUUUGAAUGAUGAUUAAUGUACAUUGUCCCUUUUUCAAAUAACUUAAAAUUAAAUCCCUCACAUUCGAUUUAAAGUUAGACUAAAAAGCAAGUAAGCAGACCUUGAGGAAAGAUUUUGUUUUGUCAAAUAGGGCUGAGAAAUGUAACAGCAGCAUCAGAUUAGACCUGUUUAGAUGUAUUAUAUGCUGAUUUAUGUGCAUUAUCUCAAGGCAGGGGAAAACACAUGCUGCAGUUUUGAUGCUUAUCUACUCCUAGUGUUCAGUAGAUACAGCUCUGUAGUUAACAAAACUCGUACAUUUUGCAGGUUUAAAAUAUAAACUGUUUAAUAAGAAAAUACUGCACUGUUUUUAAAAUUGUAGCAGUUUCUUUCUCUUUCCUGUAGGUGGCGACAUCAACUCAUUCACACCAUGUUAAUGCAUUAAGAGGAUCUGCAGGUCGAACAUGUUGAUGCUGUUCAUUAACAUUUCUUUAAAAUGGCACAGACGUGUGUUUGUUUGACAAUGACUCAACGACUCUCCAUGUGGAGGAUCUGCUAAAUGUGGAGGAAAUGUGCUACAUGAGGAUGUAAGCCAGUUUCAUGUGGUGCUUUGCAUGUAAAAAAAAAAAUUUAAUAAUAUGUUAAGUUGUUUCACAUGAUGUCAUCAUACUAACUUCUGAGUUAAUUUCUGUAAUUUUGUUAAGUUACUUCAAUUGCCAAGAUGUUGUUGAUUGUUUUAUAACAAUAAAUCAGCAAUCCUGUGGAAAGCA